AUGGUGGAUUGGACAACAGAAAUAACAUCUGAUACAGAAAACAACAGAGGUGUGGGCAGAGGAGAUCGUGAUGAUUCCGAUGAUGCUCCGCAGCGUCGAUGGCCCACCACAUCCACACACAGGCAGAGAGUAGUUGUCACUGCUGAGCACGAUGAGCCAGUGGUCCCUACGGCAGAGGCUGACGUAUUUCCAGAUGAGCCGAUGGCAGGAGGUGAUGUAGAGGACACUGGGGUAGACAUUCCUGCACAUACAGGCGCACAGGCUGCUGAGAAUGAGCCUGAGGGAUUUCCAGGUGGUCCGAGCGACCCAUCCGUGCUAACCCAGUAUGCGGAUCACGUUGCAGGCAGCGAGUGUCCUGAGUUGAAGUUAUCCUCUCACGGGAGGAAGGUCCAUAGUUUAGGCAGGCCUGUCCCUGCCAUUGAGGGCCUAGUUCCUGGGACAGGACUAAGUCCUCUGAUCGCGUGUUCGGUAGACACUGGCGAUCGGGGACUUUUGUCAUUGUUUAUCGAGCGGUGGCACCGGGAGACGUCAGGUCUCCAUCUCCCUAUGGGAGAGGUGAUGAUCGUGCUGGACGACGUCUCGUCUCUUCUGCAUCUGCCCGUGAGGCUGCCAGGGCUGAGACAGUGCAUUGUCGUGGAUCGUAUGUACGCCUGCAAUGGGUAUGUGAUAUCUAUGAGCGCCGAUGCCAGGCAGGUCAUUGGACAGCUGCGGCUCACGCUGCUGGAUACACGAGCACUUUCCCUCGGUCGCGAAGUCACUGCUGAUCCGGACUACGACUAG